CGUUACAGUUGCGUCUUUCCGUUCAAAUGAUUAAGUCGUCUUCGUCGAUGCCGUCGUGUCGUGAUCUAUCAGAGUCAGUGUCAAGAUCGUUUUUAAAAAUCCCCCAACGGGCAGAAGUGUGAGCUUGCAAGUGGAUCAUUAAAAAAAAAAACUUCGGUUGAGCCACGAGAUUUGAAGCUCAUUUUCAAAGUGCAUUUGUUAAUUACCUACCAAAAUUAAUUGAAUGUUGGUUGCUAUCAAUUUUAUGGCUUUGGAUUGGAUGUGUGCCACUUUUUAUGGUGUUCUCGAUUGAUAAGUGACAUUUGUAGCGAUUCUUUAGGCGACAUUUCGCCAAAAUUGGUACUUUUAUUCUUAACAGUUGUCAGCAAUCCUCUGACUAUUGUUCCUGAUCCCAGAGGAAGAUUUCAGUUUCAUGUGGAUAAUGAAGUGAUAUGUGCAAGUGAACAAUUGGUGUAGAUUUUAGGUGAUUGUUUUUCCUGUUUUGUGAUUUUUUUAAAACAUUAUUUUUACCAUAGGAAUCCUCCUUCAACGCUCGACGAAAUCAGACAGACGCCGCUGACUUCCCCUUCUUUUCGAUCGAGAGUUUCCUCGUCCCCGGUCAUCGAUUCUCCGAGCUGAGCUGCGCAUCCUAGGCGCGAUUUAAACAUGAGCAAUCCCCAGGUCCAAACGAACGAUGAGCUGGAGAUAGCCGAGGCACAGAAUUCCCUUUGCGAUUUGCUGUACGAUUAUGCGGCCAAAGCCGUCACAACCCGGAUUGGGCAGUUCGUUUACCGGAGGGUCGAAAGUGCCCUAUCGAUAGUGGAAAAAACGGCCCGAUGGAGUUUACCUCAGCCAGCUCCGAGCAGCGAAAGCUCCAAGGGUCCGGAUGAUUCCACGGAAGAUCCUGGCAAGAUGAACAUAUCGGCUCCGCCAUUAAUUCGACCGCUUCCCUGGUUACUUUUCAUUCCGGCCCUGAUCUACAUGAGGCUUAUCCGAUCCGCCUUAUCCUUGAUGGCUCUGAUGAUGGGCUGGAGGCCAAUUCUACCGGAACAUGUCGUCAGUUGGCUGCAAAACAAGCGCCGGAAAUUGCGAGCCCUCAAGUAUCGUGGCCAAAAGCUGGACCGCAUUCAGCGGGCAGAACGCAAAGCAGCCAAGCCAAACGCAGAUGAUCCUCAGACCACGUGGCUGAGCAAGAUAACCCUACCGUGGCGCAUGGUCAUCUACUUGAAGGCAUACGGCCAAGUUCCUAGCUCUGUGGUAAGUUCUUUUCGUCAAACUACAAAUAUUUAAGAAAAAAUCAAAUAU